GUAUCUAGUCAACAUCAACAAACUAUUCAGCAGCUUUCCUCAGGCUUGUCACAAUGACGAAAGAAACAGCGAAAACCGAGAAAAAAGAAGGCAAGAAGGAAGAUGAGAAAAAGGAUGGAGAUAUUCAAGAAGAGCUAGAUGCAUAUCAGCGAGUGUGCUUGUACCUGACUAGUUGUGUACCGUAUGUACCUGAACCAGAGAAUACCAAUUUGCUCCAAACAUCUCUCCAGUUGUACAGAAAAUUUGGUGAAUAUCCCCAAGCUAUGAGGCUGGCUCUGCAGCUCCAUGACUAUGAGUUGACCAAGCAGCUGUUUGAUGAAUGUCCAGAUAAACUUGUGAAAAUGCAAGUUGCCUUCAUGUUGGGAAGACAGCAAGUGUUCCUCGAGUUGCCUGAAGAUAUGGAUGAUUAUGAAGAUUUCACUGAAAUAUUGUCAAAUUCUCAUCUCAACACCCAUUUUCUUUCUCUUGGUCGUGAGUUAGAUAUUAUGGACCCGAAAACACCUGAGGACAUAUAUAAAUCCCAUCUAGAGAAUAAUCGGCCAACUUUUGGCCCAGGCCAGAUGGACUCUGCCCGUCAAAAUCUUGCUUCAUCCUUUGUUAAUGGUUUCGUUAAUGCGGCCUUUGGCACUGACAAGCUUCUCACUGAGGAUGGAAAUAAAUGGUUAUACAAAAACAAAGAACAUGGUAUGUUAAGUGCAACGGCAUCACUUGGGUUGAUCCUUUUAUGGGACGUGGAUGGGGGUUUGACCCAGAUUGAUAAAUACCUAUAUUCUUCUGAAGACUUCAUCAAGGCUGGGGCAUUACUUGCUUGUGGUAUAGUGAACAGUGGUGUUAGGAAUGAAUGUGAUCCUGCCCUUGCCUUGUUGUCGGAUUAUAUAGGACACAAAACCAUGGUUAUUAGUAUUGGUUCAAUUUUGGGCUUGGGUCUGGCAUAUGCAGGGAGCAACAGAGAAGCAGUGUUGAAAGUACUGACUCCUGUAUUAGCAGAUGAAAAGAGCUCGCUGGAAGUUAUUGGUAUCACAGCUCUUGCUUGCGGAAUGAUUGCUGUUGGAACGUCAAAUCAACUUGUAGUCGAAGCCUUAGUCACCACACUGUUGGCUAAGUCUGAGACAGAGCUCAAGGAUACUUAUGCCAGGUUUAUUUCCCUUGGGUUGGCCUUGGCUUAUUUAGGUUGUCAAGACAAGUGUGAUGUUGUUUUGUCAUGCAUUGAGAAUUUACCUUCACCAUUCCGUCAGAUGACAUCAACUUUGAUUGAAGUGUGCGCUUAUGCAGGUUCUGGAAAUGUCCUCAAGGUUCAAGAAAUGCUUCAUAUUUGUACAGACCAUUAUGACCAGGAAGAGACAAAGAAAGACAAGAAGGAGAAGAAAGAGGACAAAGACAAGGACAAAGAUAAAGAUAAGGAUAAGGACAAGGAGAAAUCUGAAGAUAAAGAGGUGGAUCUGUCUUCACAGCAGGCUGUUGCAGUUUUAGGAAUUGCACUCAUUGCUAUGGGUGAAGACAUUGGUGCUGAGAUGUCUUUCCGUCAGUUCGGGAACUUGCUAAGAUAUUGUGAGCCUGUUAUUCGACGAGCUGUACCUUUGGCACUUGGUCUUAUAUCUGUGUCAAAUCCACGUUUAAAUAUCUUGGAUACACUGAGCAAAUUUUCUCACGACUCAGAUGCUGAUGUUGCUCAUAAUGCUAUCUUUGCUAUGGGGUUAGUUGGUGCUGGAACUAAUAAUGCCAGGCUAGCUGCAAUGCUUAGACAGUUGGCUCAAUAUCAUGCAAAGGACCCCAACAAUCUGUUCAUGGUACGUUUAGCACAGGGACUGACUCAUCUUGGUAAGGGAACAAUGACAUUAUCUCCUUAUCACAGCAAUCGACAGCUCAUGUCUCCAGUCGCUGUGGCGGGACUGCUUGCAACCUGUGUGGCUUUUCUUGAUACAAAAACAUUGAUUUUGGGCAAAAGUCACUACCUGUUAUACUGCCUCACAACCGCCAUCCAGCCGCGUAUGCUUGUUACAUUUGACGAACAACUCAACCCAUUACCAGUCUCAGUCAGAGUGGGCCAGGCUGUUGAUGUAGUUGGCCAGGCUGGUAAACCCAAGACCAUCACAGGUUUCCAGACUCACACAACCCCUGUUUUACUGGCACAUGGAGAGAGAGCAGAAUUGGCCACCGACGAAUAUUUGCCAUUAACAUCUAUAAUGGAAGGUUUUGUUAUUCUAAAAAAGAAUCCAGAUUAUGAGACGUAAAUUGUUCAUUUUAGUAGGAUGUUUAUUGCUGGUAUUAAUUGAAACUAUUGUAUGGCUUUUUUUUAAGUAGUGUAACAUAGCACAAUAUUUUUACUUAUGAAUAUAACUGAAGAUAAACAUUGACCGAAUUUUGAUAUUCAAAAUCUUUUCUCGGCCUGAAAAUCAUCCAUAAAUAAUUGUGUUAUGCUUUACAGUACAUAAUGGAAGUGGAUAUGUAUGUUACUAAUAUUUGUAUUUAAUAAAAAAAAUAAACUUUA